GACCCAGAUGGGGCAGGUAUUAUGUAGGCCCAAUUCAGUUCAUGGUCUGCUAUGGUGCUGUUGUUGCUUCUACACUUCUAGGAGGACAAUGCAUGAAGGCAAUUUACUUACUAACCAACCCGGAUGGAACUAUGAAGUUAUAUGAAUUUGUGAUCAUAUUUGGGUGCUUUAUGUUGAUUUUAGCUCAAAUCCCAUCAUUUCACUCGCUGAGGCACAUCAAUUUGGUGUCAUUGGUUCUCUGCCUGGCCUAUAGUGCCUGUGCCACUGGUGGUUCCAUUUCUAUCGGAUCUUCCUCCAAGGGGCCAGAGAAGGACUAUUCCCUAGAGGGCAAUACUGAAGAUCGCAUAUUUGGGGUCUUCAAUGCAAUCGCCAUCAUUGCCACAACAUAUGGCAACGGAAUAAUUCCUGAAAUUCAGGCAACGCUAGCACCACCAGUGAAGGGGAAGAUGUUCAAGGGACUGUGUGUUUGUUAUACAGUAGCCACGGUGACUUUCUUCAGCGUAGCCAUCUCUGGGUAUUGGGCAUUUGGUAACCAAGCCGAGGGCCUCAUCCUCACCAACUUCUUGGUCGAUGGCAAAGCUUUGGUCCCCAAAUGGUUCAUUUUGAUGACCAACAUCUUCACCAUUCUCCAGCUUUCUGCUGUCGGUGUGGUAUACUUGCAGCCCACAAAUGAAGUGCUUGAAAGCACACUUGCUGACCCGAGAAAGACCGAGUUCUCGGCCCGAAACACCAUCCCAAGGUUAAUUGCCCGGUCACUAUCGGUAGUGAUAGCAACAACAAUAGCCGCAAUGCUUCCAUUUUUUGGGGACAUCAAUGCUGUCAUCGGAGCAUUUGGUUUUAUGCCGCUUGACUUUAUAUUGCCGGUGGUGUUCUUCAACUUGACAUUUAAACCGUCAAAGCAGAGCCCCAUUUUCUGGUUGAACGUUACUAUUGCAGUUGUUUUCUCGACAUUGGGGGUUAUUGCGGGGAUUGCCGCCGUUAGACAAAUUAGCCUUGAUGCCCAAAACUAUCGGUUAUUUGCUAAUGUAUGAAGUAGGGACAGGUAUCGGUGUCGGUAGGGGCAUUUUCGCCUACUAAUUCGUAAAAGUCGGUUAAUUAAACGACUUCAUAGCGACAAGAAAUAGUUUCGACUUUUUCGGUUAUUCGGUUAGUCGGUAAAUAAGUGGCCGAUCAAGUCUGUUAAUUGUCGGUUAUAAAUUUUUAUAUUAAGAAUUAUCAAUUUUCUUGUAACCUACAGAAUCAGAAUAUGCUAUAUAAAUAAAAAGAAA